ACGAGACUUUCCACGUAGAAAAACAACAACCGCACGUGAACCGUUAUUUUCUCCCGCAGAGAGGAACCAGCCCCCGGUGCUUCGACUCCCUGUAGCGGGACUCCCAGUCACGGAGGCCCGGGUAACGGGAGAGAAACGCUCGGUCCGCACUCAUCGCAAAACAGCGGCAAUAGUUUCAUCAUCAUCAUCAUCUCCUGUCAGUCAGAGGAGGAGGAGGAAGAGGAGGAGGAGGAAGAAGAGGAGGAGGAGGUGUCACGGUGAGUCCUCCUCUGUGUAAACUACGUGUGAUGAAUGAUGAAAUAACGGGCUCGGGAGGAUGAACUAGGCCGAAUAGGAGGCGACACACAGGGCGAGACACACCAACACACCACCGGGUAAAGUAAGAAGAAUCCCUACAUCCAGGGAAACUGCAGGACCCUUAGAUUCUCACUAUUUACAACGAAGUUUAAAUGUAGUUUGUCUCUGUAACACCACAGUUUAAUAAUGUUCUCUCCCACUGGAUCCUCUGUGUGUGUGUGUGGAUGUGUGUCUGUGUGUGUGUUUCUCUCUCUCUCUCUCUCUCUCUCUCUCUCUGCAACAGGCUGUAACCUCACCACCAUGCUGCUGCACAGGCUCUCCCUCUCUGCCAGGAUCCCACUGGAUUCCCUGAGACGCGUCCGCCACCUGCUCUCCACGCCACCGACACCAGCUCCCCAGGGCAGGGUCCACGGCAGCUCCUUCGCCCACCGUGGUGAGCUCCGCCAUGCUAAGAGGAUCGUAGUGAAGCUCGGCAGCGCUGUGGUCACCCGCGGGGACGAGUGUGGGCUGGCUCUCGGGAGGCUGGCCUCCAUUGUGGAGCAGGUGGCCAUGCUGCAGAACCAGGGCAGGGAGAUGAUGAUUGUCACCAGUGGAGCGGUGGCCUUUGGAAAGCAGAGGUUGAGACAUGAGAUCCUGCUGUCACAGAGCGUCCGGCAGGCGCUGCACUCUGGACAAAAUCAGCUCAAAGACAUGUCUCUUCCCGUGCUGGAGGCCCGGGCCUGUGCUGCAGCGGGGCAGAGCGGGCUGAUGGCCCUUUACGAGGCCAUGUUCACCCAAUACAGCACCUGCACCGCACAGAUCCUCGUGACAAACCUGGAUUUCCACGAUGACCAGAAGAGGCAGAACCUGAACAGCACCCUGCAGGAGCUGCUGCGCAUGAACAUCGUGCCCAUCAUCAACACCAACGAUGCUGUGGUGCCUCCGCCGGAGCCCAACAGUGACCUGCAGGGGGUAAAUGUGAUCAGCAUUAAGGACAACGACAGCCUGGCGGCGAGGCUCGCUGUGGAGAUGAAGGCCGACCUGCUCAUCGCCCUCUCUGAUGUGGAAGGACUCUACGACAGCCCCCCCGGAACUGAUGACGCCAAGCUCAUCGACAUCUUUUACCCCGGAGACCAGCAGUCCAUCACUUAUGGUACCAAGUCCAGAGUGGGGAUUGGAGGCAUGGAGGCCAAGGUCAAGGCUGCGCUGUGGGCUCUGCAAGGCGGCACCUCAGUGGUCAUUGCAAAUGGAACCCACCCUAAGGUAACGGGCCAUGUCAUCACUGACAUUGUGGAGGGCAAAAAGCUGGGAACCUUCUUCUCCGAGAUCAAACCGGCGGGACCAACUGUGGAGCAGCAAACAGAAAUGGCUCGCAACUCGGGAAGAACCCUGGCAUCGCUUCUCCCGGACCAGAGGAGUGAGAUCAUCUGUCAUCUGGCAGAGCUGCUGACUGAAAAGAAGGACGAGAUUCUGGCUGCCAACAAGAUGGACAUGGACCUGGCUGUGAACGCAGGCCAUUUGCCACCAGCGAUGCAGAAGCGUCUAAGUCUGUCACCAGCCAAACUCAACAGCUUGGCCAUCGGCCUGCGUCAGAUAGCAGUGGCAGCCCAGGACAGCGUGGGUCAGGUGCUGCGCCGGACCAGGGUGGCUCACAACCUGGAGCUGGAGCAGAUCACGGUGCCCAUCGGAGUUCUUCUGGUCAUCUUUGAGGCCAGACCGGACUGCCUGCCCCAGGUGUCAGCUUUGGCCAUAGCCAGUGGUAACGCCCUUCUUCUGAAGGGCGGCAAGGAGGCGGCCAACACAAACCGUGUUCUCCACGAGCUCACCCAGGAAGCUCUUUCCUUGCACGGCGUCAAAGAAGCCGUGCAACUGGUGAGCACUCGUGAGGAGGUGGAGGAUCUCUGCCGACUGGACAAAAUAAUCGACUUGAUCAUUCCUCGAGGUUCGUCCCAGCUUGUGAAGGACAUACAGCGAGCGGCCAAGGGGAUCCCCGUGCUGGGUCACAGCGAGGGGAUCUGCCACGUCUACGUCGACUCAGAAGCCUCCAUUGACAAAGUUAUCAAGAUCGUCAGAGACUCAAAGUGUGACUACCCAGCUGCGUGCAAUGCCAUGGAGACUCUGCUGAUUCACAGAGACAUCCUGAGGACCCCACUCUUUGACCAGAUCAUUGAUAUGCUGCGAACUGAAAGGGUGAAGAUUCAUGCAGGCCCUCGAUUCGCCUCCUACCUCACGUUCAGCCCGUCAGAGGCCAAGUCGUUGCGGACAGAGUACGGUGACCUGGAGUGCUGCAUGGAGGUGGUGGACAGCCUGCAAGACGCUGUGGAUCACAUCCACAAGUAUGGCAGCUCCCACACAGACGUCAUCAUCACAGAAAAUGAGGAAACAGCAGAGCAGUUCCUGCACCAGCUCGACAGCGCCUGUGUUUUCUGGAACGCCAGCUCACGCUUCGCUGAUGGCUACCGCUUUGGACUGGGAGCAGAGGUUGGUAUAAGCACGGCGCAUAUUCAUGCCCGAGGACCUGUGGGCCUGGAGGGGCUGCUUACCACCAAGUGGGUCCUGAGAGGUGAUGGGCACACAGCCGCGGACUUCUCUGAGCACGGCACCAUGAAAUACCUCCAUGAAAACCUGCCUGUUGGGCAGCCUCUGGCGGGACAGAGAGACAGCAACUAGAGCACAGUUGUUUUUGGCUGAUGCCACGGUUUUAAACCCCUGCAGCUCACAGCACAGGAGAGAGAUGCUCAACAAACCAGCGGCUCGUUUUAUCAGCACAAGCAGAAAGUUGUCCUAUUUCAUUUGAUACUGUUGUUCAAAGACUGACCUCUACCUCAGCAUAUCGUACUUUAUGAGAAAGUCAACACAAAACAGUACUGCAAUAACGGAGAAAUUGUGACCAGGAAGGGAAAUAACUAUGAUCACUUUCUGACAAAGUAAAGACACAAUAUCAAAGAAAACUGAAGGUCUUUUUGAAUAUAUGUUUUUAAAUAAUGCAACCUCAGGACAUUUCAGAGAGGACAUGGAUUCAGUCUCUUAAAAGAUCCUGCUCCGUUGGCCUUAAGAAGACCCUUAUUUUGCGGUCCUUUAUGUCAUUUCCCCCAAAAAUUCGAAAUAUUUCUGUUUCAGUGUGUAACGUUUAGACGGCAUGCUGGCAAGAAUUCAGAAUCGAUGCAAUUCAGUAGCAGCGGCGUCUGUCCUUCUACGCCAGCGCUCCCUGUUACACAGACUUAAAUCCAGCUUUGUGGCUCCACUAUCAACAAUGAUCAUCUUGAAUCAUCUACAGAAAGAUUUCAUUUCAUCCAUAACAUGUUAAUGUUUUGCGAUGGGGUCAGCGAUAGUUGGUGAUUCUCCCCAGCCAGUAAAAGCACAGUAUUAUGAGGAAUGACAUAUAUCUUUAUCAAACGUUAAUUUCAUCAAAAUUAAGUUCUAAAUAUGAUUGUACAUAUUAUUUUUAAUAGUAGCUGAUUGCAUUGGCUCAUUACUCAGAAGGUUAAUCUGAUGGACUGUAUUUUCAUUUCAACAACUCAAUUUUAUUGCUUUAGCUCCAGGAUAAAUGUUCUGUUUGCUUUUUAAUAUGCAGGUAUUUCAAUUAGCUGAGAUGAAGAUUAUAUACCAAGUCAGGAUGGAAUUAGGGUUUCCUUGUAAUGAAACUUAAUAACAGGAUUAAAACAAACAUUAUCAAACUUGAUACGGAAGUAUCCGGGAUUUACCAGUCGUGUUGUAAAGCUACAAAAGUAUGCACUUCAACUUGAAUGCAUCAGUUUUUAUUUACAAUUGUAUUUAUUUGAUCAUUGUUACGAGUUCUGCUCAUCUUUCCACGCUUCGCUGUUUUUCCUGUUUGUACCUCGUGGCGCCCAAAGCCUCGUUCAGAGCGGGAACGGGUAAUUGACAAGCUGCCUCCUUCAAGCUGCAGGGGAGAACGCAGCCGCUUUUAAAUUAAGCUCCUCUACAUUCCAGCCUCUGAGCUCCUAUCUGAUGUCUCGCAAUGCACACUUAAGGAAUGUUUUGAGUUGUUUAAUAGCAGCAUUGUAGAAUUAAAUAAAAAAAAUGUUGAAAAAGAA